AUGCUCAGCCCUAACUCAGAGACGAGUACUUCUACCCAGCUGGAUGGCAAUUUCUUUACAGCUGCAAUACAGCUCUAUGCCAUCUUGUACAAUGUAUUGGACUUUUGCUACGGUCAGAAUCUUGAUUUUCAGAAUUCACCGAGCACUACAGAUUUAAUAUCACACAUUCUGGAUGGACAACGCCAGCUCAACAAAUGGCGGACUGAGCUUGUGCCGUCCCUAGGUCUGCAUAUUUGGGAAGGUUUGGUGACACCUGAGGAUGUUGAGGAACUGAUUACGGGACCUGUCGUUAACCAUCGGUUCAACAUCGUCUUAUCUGUUCGCUACAACAACCUGCGAAUCCUUUUGCACCGUCCCCGGUUAGAGAGCUUCCUGGAGGCGUUUUGGCGUUCGAGUGAUAUGUCCACUGAGGACAGAAGGGUAAUGCUGCCUCUAGAUAUUGCAAGCGUGCAGAAUUGCAUCGAGUCCUCGACCGCUAUCAUUUCUAUGAUCCAUAGCAUCACGACAUCUGGAGCUCAGCAUCGUCGGCUUUUGGGUGCGUGGAACUAUUCAUUGUACUACACAUUCAAUGCUGCGCUAGUCCUCGUUGGCUCUCUUAUGACAGCAUCCAAGGAGCGAGAAGGCUGUCUGUUGGCAUGGAGCAUGGUGGAUGGGUCUCGAGUGUAUAUUGACAAGGCGAUCGAAGCACUAUGUCAACUUGAUGCUGGCAAUCGGGUGAUAGGAAGAUGUGUUGAAUAUCUUUCGCAACUUGCCGUCAUCUUGGAUGCUCCAACUCUAGACGGGACAAACUCGCUAUCAGGAUACUCAGGCAACUUCAUAUCCUCUGAUAUCACCGACCCAUUUUCCUAUAUGGAUUUAGGGGAAUUAAUGUCUAGUCAAGACCUGGAUGUGCUUGGUAGUAUCCUUUACGCCGGCGGAGAAUGA